AUGAGGUUGAUAUCGUUACUCACGUGCUUAGUCGCAUUUGUGGCGCCGGCGUUUGCAGUCAACUAUCUCGAAUCUAAUUCACUCAACUUGUGCAUGGAAAGCAGCAACUUCACAGCCACUUAUUUCCAUGUCAUCUUCUACCCAAACAACAAUUCUCUUCAGAUCGGUUUCGAUGGCGUGUCGUAUAUCUCCGGCAAGGUCGUGGCAGAACUAACUCUGACGGCCUAUGGUUAUAAGGCUUAUUCGAACACCCUCGACCCCUGUUCUAUUUCUGGAAUGGGCAUGUGUCCUAUGGCACCCGGUCCCAUUGACUUAGAGUCUGUUUCGCUCACUCUCCCAAAUGACACCGCUUCGAAUAUCCCGGGUAUCGCUUACACUGUUCCGGAUCUCGAUGCGGACGUCCAGAUUGUGAUCAAGAGGAAAGAUACUGGCGAGAAGAUUGCUUGUGUGUCAGCGUCGCUUUCAAAUGGCAAGACUGUCUACCAAGUUGGAGUUUCUUGGGUGACUGCAAUCAUUUCAGGCUUGGGUCUUACAGCAUCUGCCAUCACCUCCGGACUGGGUCACUCUAACACCGCCGCUCAUGUUGCGGCAAAUGCUCUGUCUUUGUUCAGUUUCAUGCAGUCUCAAGCAAUCAUUGGUAUGACAUCGGUGCACAUGCCACCAAUCGUGGAAUCAUGGACUCAGGACUUCCAGUGGAGCAUGGGUAUCAUUCACGUCGGGUUUCUACAGACCAUCUGUACCUGGUAUCAACGCUCCACUGGUGGCACUCCUUCAACUGUUCUCUCGACACUGAGCCAAACCUCAGUUGAGGUGCUGAAGAAGCGUGAUUAUGUCAUAGACCCUGUACGCAAUCUGAUGAAGAGAGGACUCCAUAUGCUCGGAAAACGAGACACCAGCCAAAAGGUUCAAGUCGUGCGGGGUAUCGAUCGUGUUGGAUUCCGUGCAGGCAUUGAAGAAACCAAUAUCUUUUUGACCGGUCUUAUUUUCUUCGUCUUCUUCGUUUUUGUCGUCAUCGUCAUCAUUGCUGCGUUCAAGGGUGUCUGCGAGUUACUCGUCAAGCACGGCAAGAUGAAGGGUGACACAUUCCAGGACUUCCGCAACGGAUGGAAGGUUGUUACUCGAGGUAUUCUAUUUCGUCUGACCCUGAUUGGUUUCCCCCAAAUGUGCAUUCUUUGCCUUUGGGAAUUCACUCAGCGUGACUCACCGGCUGAGGUCGUUCUGGCUGUGGUGAUGCUCUUAUCGCUACUCAUUGCGCUAGGAUGGGCAGCUCAGAAGGUCAUUCGUCUGGCCAGGCGCUCGGUCAGUAUGCACAAGAACCCGGCAUAUAUCUUAUAUUCCGAUCCUGCGUGUCUGAACAAAUGGGGCUUCCUUUAUGUGCAAUACCGAGCUACAGCAUACUAUUUCGUCGUUCCCUAUCUUUUCUAUGUCCUAAUUAAGGGCAUGUUCAUCGGAUUGAGUCAGUCUGCUCCUGUUGUCCAGACGGUGGCUUUGGUGGUCAUUGAAGCUGCUAUGCUGGUUGCUGCGUGUGUUAUUCGGCCAUGGAUGGAUAAGAAGACCAACAUUUACAACAUUUCAAUUGCGGUCGUCAACUUCAUCAACGUGAUCUUCCUGCUAGUCUUCUCGAAUGUCUUCAACCCACCAGGCCUGAUGGUCGGUGUGAUGGGUGUGGUCUUCUUCGUAUACAACGCUGUCUUUGCCUUGGUCCUCCUCAUUCUUGUCUUGAUUGCUUCGGUCUACGCCGUUCUGUCCAAGAACCCCGAUACCCGAUACCAACCAAUGCGCGAUGACCGGGGUUCAUUCAUCAAGUCGCAGACCCAGCUUACAACUGAAUUGGAUGCGUUGGGUGCUACUGCUCGAGGCGACAUGAAGUCUCAAUCAUACCAGAACAACCCCUUCGAUGAGGAUACGAUCUCCGUCUCCAGUGGUCGCGGCAAUGGUAGUGCUAGUGGCAGUGGCAGUGGCAGUGGCAACGGAUAUCAAACCCCGAAUGCAGUCAAUGCCCCUCACGGCGCUUCUCAACAGCAGCGAUCACCCGUUGAUCCAUCAGUACCGCUGAUUCCCAGCGAUGCCUCAGGUCGCCGGGGCGCUCCUCCGGGUUACGAUCAGCUUGGGCGCGCAUCACCAUCACCCGCAGUGCGGAACUAUGACAACAUGCCCGUGGGGCAAUCCGCAUUGGCCCCCAACUAUAGGAACCAAAAUAGCUCCAGUCCGUGGCAACGAGGAGCUGGUUACGAGCACUAA